GCGUAUCUAUGCACAUUGCGCAAUCUCCUGCAGUUUUUUCAGUGGUUGGUUCAUUUCGUUCACAGUUCCGAAAUUCGCUUUCGUGUUGUGCUACACUGUUCUUUGGCUUGUGAAGUAGCGAACGAAAUAAACUAAGAAAAUGUUUGCCUGUGCCAGAUUGAUUGCCCCAGCUACAAGGAGCGCACUUAUUGCCAACUCCAAACAAUACAUGAGGCCACUGAGCAGUGUAGUAAGUCAAAGUCAAAUUCAAGUUCAGAAUGUUCAACAACACAAGCAGCCAUCCCUCCUACCUGCCAUCCGCAGUUUUCAGACCUCUCAAGUAAACAGAGACAUUGACUCUGCUGCCAAAUUCAUUGGAGCUGGAGCUGCAACAGUAGGAGUCGCAGGAUCAGGAGCUGGAAUUGGAACAGUAUUCGGUUCCCUCAUCAUUGGUUACGCCAGAAACCCCAGUCUGAAACAACAGCUUUUCUCAUAUGCUAUCUUGGGUUUCGCCUUGUCUGAGGCUAUGGGACUGUUCUGUCUUAUGAUGGCAUUCUUGUUGUUGUUUGCCUUCUAAGUUACUGCCUCUCGUUGGCACCAAUUCACCAUCAAUUCCACAGUUUGUUACAAUAACAUCUUGUAACCUCAUAUACCUAAACUUUUCAAUAGGACUUUUUAUUUGUGUAUACUCUUUAUGAAUAUGUGACCAAUUAUAAUUUUUUGAUAGAGAAUUUGGGCUUACUUUCAUGAAGAAAAGGUUGGCAUGUAUUUAUCAAGAGUUUUUUCAUGUGUUUUCUAGGAAAAUGAUGCAGUAAACACACCUAUUGUACAGUUUGACAUUUCAUUAUACAGAAACCUUAGUCCUUUUUAAAUAUUAAAUUAGGCUGUUUUUUUUAUAUGUAUGUAUUCUUCCCAGUUUACAAUCAGAGCUGUUAUCAAUUAUUUUUAAGGAAAAUAAAUUGUUUUCAUUUUAUAAAUCUUUAAUGUGAGCAAAAAAGUGGGUCUUUGAACUCAGGCUGGAUUUAGGAAUCGAUUAAAAGUACUCUUGAAA